GGGUACCACUCGCAUCCUUCGCACUCCAGCGCCAGGAGCUGCUCAGGCUGAGCCUCUCAACGCUCUGAGUUGCGAGUGGGCUUUUCUGCUAUGCGCUGGCUUUUUCCUCGGUGUCUGUGACAGCUUACCCACCACCACCCCAGACAUGACUGCCAGGGAGCCUUCAAAGGAGCUGGGAACUCUUGAGACCGAUGUGCGCAUCCGGACUUUCAAGGAGCAAAUGCACUUGGAGCUGGAGCUGCCCAGGCUGUCCGGAAACAGACCGACUUCUCCCAAGAUUUCCCCUCGCAGCUCGCCCAGAAACUCCCCAUGCUUCUUCAGAAAGUUGCUGGUGAAUAAGAGCAUCCGGCAGCGACGACGAUUUACCGUGGCACAUACGUGUUUUGAUGUGGAAAAUGGCCCGUCCCCUGGUCGAAGCCCCCUGGAUCCACAGGCCAGCUCCUCCUCGGGGCUGGUGUUACAUACCACCUUCCCAGGGCACAGCCAGCGUCGAGAAUCAUUCCUCUACAGGUCAGACAGUGACUAUGACCUCUCACCAAAGGCCAUGUCUAGGAAUUCUUCCCUUCCAAGCGAACAACAUGGUGACGACCUGAUCGUAACACCUUUCGCACAGGUCCUCGCCAGCCUGCGAAGCGUGAGAAAUAACUUCACCCUCCUGACUAAUCUUCACGGAGCAGCCAACAAGAGGUCUCCAGCUGCUACCCAGCCUCCUGUCUCCAGAGUUAAUCUCCAAGACGAGUCCUACCAAAAGUUAGCCAUGGAGACUCUGGAGGAGCUGGACUGGUGUUUGGACCAGCUGGAGACCAUCCAGACGUACCGCUCGGUCAGCGAGAUGGCCUCCAACAAGUUCAAGAGAAUGUUGAAUCGGGAGCUGACACACCUCUCGGAGAUGAGCCGGUCAGGGAACCAGGUGUCUGAAUAUAUUUCAAACACUUUCUUAGACAAGCAGAAUGAGGUGGAGAUUCCAUCUCCUACCCAGAAAGAUAGGGAGAAGAAGAAAAAAGAGCAGCAAGUCAUGACCCAGAUAAGUGGAGUCAAAAAGCUGAUGCACAGCUCUAGUCUGAAUAACACCAGCAUCUCUCGCUUUGGGGUCAAGACGGAGAAGGAAGAUCACCUGGCAAAAGAGCUGGAAGACCUGAACAAAUGGGGUCUCAACAUCUUCAAGGUAGCUGGAUAUUCCCACAACAGGCCCUUGACGUGUAUCAUGUAUGCCAUAUUCCAGGAAAGAGACCUUCUAAAAACGUUCAAGAUCUCUUCCGACACCUUUGUAACCUACAUGAUGACUUUGGAAGACCAUUAUCAUUCUGAUGUGGCAUAUCAUAACAGCCUCCAUGCUGCUGAUGUUGCCCAGUCAACCCACGUUCUCCUCUCAACCCCAGCCCUAGAUGCUGUCUUCACAGAUUUGGAAAUCCUGGCUGCCAUCUUUGCUGCUGCGAUUCAUGAUGUUGAUCACCCUGGGGUCUCCAAUCAGUUCCUCAUCAACACAAAUUCUGAGCUCGCUCUCAUGUAUAACGAUGAGUCUGUUUUGGAAAACCACCACUUGGCCGUUGGAUUCAAAUUGCUUCAGGAAGAACACUGUGACAUUUUCCAGAACCUGACCAAGAAACAGCGUCAGACCCUCAGGAAGAUGGUGAUCGACAUGGUUUUGGCGACGGAUAUGUCCAAGCACAUGGGCCUGUUGGCAGACCUGAAAACAAUGGUGGAGACUAAAAAAGUAACCAGCUCCGGGGUCCUGCUUCUGGACAACUACACAGAUAGGAUACAGGUCCUUCGCAACAUGGUACAUUGUGCUGACCUGAGCAACCCCACCAAGUCUUUGGAAUUGUACCGGCAAUGGACAGACCGUAUCAUGGAGGAAUUCUUCCAACAGGGGGACAAGGAGAGAGAAAGGGGCAUGGAGAUCAGCCCUAUGUGUGACAAACAUACUGCCUCAGUGGAGAAAUCACAGGUUGGCUUCAUCGACUACAUCGUCCAUCCCCUCUGGGAGACCUGGGCGGACCUGGUGCAGCCCGAUGCCCAGGACAUCCUGGACACGUUAGAGGACAACCGGAACUGGUACCAGAGCAUGAUCCCGCAGAGCCCCUCCCCCCCGCUGGAGGAGCAGAGCAGAGACUGCCAGGGGCUGAUGGAGAAAUUCCAGUUUGAACUGACCUUGGAGGAGGAGGAUUCCGAGGGGCCGGAGAAGGAAGGCGAGAACCUCGGCUAUUUCGGAAGCACAAAGACAUUGUGUGUGAUUGACCCCGAGCACCGAGAUUCUCCGGGGGAGGCCGACGGAGAGACUGAGAUGGGAGACACGUCCCCCGUCGACACAUAAUGCGCCUCUCGCUAGGUCGAGGUGAACGUUCGUCCUUAAUGAGCAUGCCCGCUGUCCGGUAGGGCCAGCCUGCAAUGCGGGUCUGAGGCCUGCUUCUGAUGAAGGCCAAAUGACCUUUGCAGUUCUUUGAGACUGGAGCCAGAGUGGGAGAGCGUGACCAGAACGGCUUCUCAGGAAACUCAAUGAGAUGACUCGCGUUGGCCUUGGGGCCUCGCGGUAGUGGAAGCUUUCUGUCUCCAUGGAACCAGCUUGAACCGCUGCUGUCGUCCGAUCACCCAAAAAGAUGACACUCAACUGAGAGAAUUUUGAUUUUUUCUGCACUAGACUUUGGAAACCUGAACCCGUUAGAGGGGCAGGACCCGCUGACCGAUAACUCUCUCUCUGCAAACCUGCCCAUCUGUCCUCCUGUCUGCAAACCCGUGUGCCUUUUUUGUAAAACGUUUUCACGUCUUUAAAUGCCUGUUGAAUACCCAGAGUUUAGUAUCAAUUUCUGCACAGAACAAAGUGUUUUGGAAAUUUCUGUACACUUUUUUCGAGUCUUUCUGAAAAGGAGAAAUCGUCUUCCUUUGUCCCCAGGCAAUCUCUUUCACCUUCUUGUCUUUCUUUUACAAGCUAGAGAGGAAGGAUCGUGUUCAACCCUGCUCCCUAGUCUCCCCUUCCCCUGCCCACCUUCCCCACCCUCCUCAUUCCCCAGGGCCCCCCUGCCUUCUCGCUUGGCCUGCUUGGAUGCCACAGAAUAAAAUUUAACAAGCUGGGGGUUGGGUGGGUGGGGAAGGGGCUCCUUCAUUUUCUGCAGGACCACGAUGGUCCACACUCCAUCCAGCGUCAGAAGGCCCCAUUGGCUGUGCGUGGUGUGCGUCCCAGCCCCUUUCCCAAAGAAAGUUGCACGCUCUUCCUUCCGUCCUCUCUCCCUCCCCUCCUUGCCCCUUUCUGUAGGUGGUUAGGUUUAGCUAGGCCAUCCUCCUCCUGCACUGUCCUCAGCUCUAACACCCUCAUUACUGUUUAUAACAGUGUAUUUAUUACUUAUGUAUAUAGUGUAAUGUUUUAUAAGUUAUUAAUUUAUAUAACUUAACAUUGCCCGCCAAUGGCGGUGUUCAAGAAAUUUGUGUAGAAAGCUCUACCUAAGAGCUGCACCUUUGUCACCUUUUCUAUGGCAUUCUGGAGAACCUGAACAUAGCUCAAGAGAGACAUACGGACCCCCAGCCCCCUCCUGCCCACCCCUAGGUGGCUUUCAUCAAGACAGAUUCUCUCCAUUUUGGGUCAGUCAUAGUUGAUAGCGGAACCCCUUUCAAACACUGGUGCUGGGAAAGAGGACUAGCCCCUGUGUCAGAGAUGAAAGGAUUUUAACCGGGCUCAAGAUUGGGGCGUAUGGGAUAUGUCAUCCCAUGUUGAUCUAAGUCACCCAUAAACCGUGUUCCAAAGGCAUUCCGGCUGCCGCAGUGGCUUCCGCCUCCAAAGCAACACUACGUACUACAAGCACAUGGGGUCCCUCUGACUAUAUCCAAACUACUGAAACGCUCGAGAAAGCCCUCAGCGCCACAUUGAGGGGUGCCAUGUUUUGGCCAACGAGAGGAGACGCCAAAACUGGCUGCUUUGCUGCAAUGUGAAUUUUGAUAGCAGAAUGUGAACAGAUGUCAUAAUUAUGCUAAUGUGAAGCUUCUUCCGACAAGCCGUGGGAGGUACAUCCCUGGUGUCUGUCUCCGUCUGUAAACUCUUUGGUCCAACCUUGUGACCCCAAUCAUUGGUAAAUGCUUGCACAGCUGUGCAUGACCAAUGGGUCUGUGUGUCUGUUCAGCACUGCGUUGUUCUAGGUGGAUGUUUUGUUUUCCAAAGUUUCUCAAAAUGUAUGUUAUGGUAUUAUUAUAAUUAUAAUUAUUAUAUAUUGUGUUCAGAUGCAUUCUUGAGAGAUUUUUAUAUGAAAUAAAUAAAUGAAAGCAUGACCUGA